CAACAUAUGUUUCAACAAAGAAAAAGAUAAUUUGAUUCAGUUUAUUGUGAAUAUUCGUCUCAUGAAAAUAACAAAACUAAAAUAAAAAAUGCCUUCCGAACCAGCAGUAGAUUCAAAAUUUUAUGACGUCCUUCAUGAAUUGGGUCGGGGAAUGUUUGGCACGGUUUACCUCUGUGCGAAGAAACAUAAUAAGCAAAAAUUGGUAAUGAAAGAAAUAAAAACCAAUCUUCAAGGCGAUGACUUGAAAGCUGCAAAGAAUGAAAUAGCUAUUUUGAAAUCUUUAAGACACCCAAACGUUAUAUUAUAUUACGAUAGCUAUUCAAAACGGAAUGUGUUUUAUAUUAUGAUGGAAUAUGCUACAAAAGGAACUCUACAUGAUUAUUUAUACAAGCGGAAGAAGGAUUUAUCACCGCAGAGGGUUAUGAAUUACUUUUGUCAGAUUAUAAUGGGUCUGGAUCAUAUUCAUGAAAAAAAAGUUAUUCAUCGGGAUCUCAAAUGUGAAAAUAUAUUUUUGACUGGAGGAAAAGCAGAAGUUGUGAAAAUCGGAGAUUUUGGAAUUUCGACUUUAUCAGUUAAGAAUAAUUUUGCGAAGACUGUUGUUGGAACUUGCAACUAUUUAGCUCCUGAACUUUGUGAAGAGCAGCCUUAUGACAAUAAAGUUGAUAUUUGGUCAUUGGGAUGUAUUCUAUAUGAACUAUGCAUGAGAGAAAGGAUGUUCGAAGGAUCGUUAUCCGCAGUUAUUAAAUCGAUUACUCAAGGUGUUAUUAGAAAGGUGGAUAUAUGCACUUAUGGAUCACAAAUACAAGAAAUAAUAAGAAGCACAAUGAAACUCAACCCUGCCGAAAGACCUGAUACAAAAACAUUGAUGUGCUAUCCAGAUGUAUUUCCCAGUAUGUAUGUUCUAGGGACCAAUUUAGGCUGCAUCUUCAGUUAGAUUUUCGUUGAUUGUGAAUGUUUUAAUGAAAUUACUUGACUUUGAUGUUUGAUAUUUUUAUUGAACUAUGAUUUACAUUUUUAAUGAGAAUAAACUUAAUGAGAACUA